UCCCACAUUGCAGACAGCUGCGCAGGAUACCCGCGAAUGUUUUCCCGCGUAAAUUCCACAGCGUCCCUUUAAAACACACGUGGUUAGUUUACCGUAAACACUUCAUGAAGUUGUGAUUUAGGUCUACGUGCAACUCGUCGUGGCUGGUGCCGUGGUGGUCCUGUGAUUGUGUGUUUCAUCGAAAGCUUUCUCUUUUGGCUUUCUUAAGCUUGAUAGCAACCAUGCCUGCUGAAUUGUCACCGUAUGAGGUCCGACGUCUCAAGAACAUUGAAGAAAACAAGCGAGUCUUGAAAGAAUUAGGACUUUAUAAACCGUUUCAGCUUGAGCCAAAGAAUAUUAAAAAGCGACCCAGGCAACUCACACGCAAACGUAAGCAGCAGUCAGAGAGCCCUGUGCCCAAGCAGCAGGUGUAUGGUCUGGGCCAGGAAGGAGGAAGCUCAUUUACAUACGGAGUCAGGAAAUCAAGACGGUUGACUGGCCUGAAACCUCCAAGUGCUGAUGACGUUGAUGCUGAAUUGUCUAAGGUUGAUCCUGAUGCUGACUACACACCCACUAAGCCAAUCAGAAGAGAGAAUACAUUCGGUGCUAUUGAAGGUGUUGAGGUUGGUAGGGAAUGGAUGAUGCGAAUUGACUGUUCCCGAGAUGGUAUCCAUCGCCCUACGGUAGCUGGUAUCCAUGGCAACGAGGAGGAAGGAUGCUACUCAUUGGCAUUGUCAGGUGGAUACGAGGAUGACUUAGACCUGGGAGAGAGCUUCACAUAUACAGGGGAAGGAGGACGUGACUUGAAGGGAACUAAGGCUAACCCUAAGAAUCUACGUACUGCACCACAGUCUAAGGACCAGACACUGUCUAGAGGUAACCUUGCACUGACCAGGAAUGUUGAAUUCAAACGUCCGGUGCGUGUCAUCCGUGGCUACAAGUUGGACAGUCCAUAUGCACCAGAAGAUGGCUAUAGAUUUGAUGGUCUGUAUAUGGUUGAGAAAUACUGGUUUACUACUGGUCUGUCUGGCUAUGGAGUCUACAAGUUUGCACUUCGUCGCUGUGAGGAUCAAGCCUCACCUCCUUGGGAAGUGGUUGAACCCAACAGCCCAAGCAAGAAGUCUGACAGUGCCUACAGCAGCCAAUCAGAACGGGAGACUAGUGAUGCUGGCAGUGAGCUGGAUAAAGGCAACGUAGACAGCGACAUGUCUGAGUUGUCGCCUGCUAGCAGUCCUGCCUCCUAUCCUGAGACAUCAACUUACUCAGAAGAAAACUGAGCAGAAAUGAUGGCUACCAAGGAAAAUGAUGUUUUUACAGAAAAUUAAAUUGUAUUUUUUUUUUAAUACUUUGCUGCCAACUCUAUUUUUUGUACUUUCAAAUACUCAAUUUUUAUGAAGCAAUUUUUAUUGGAUUUGAGAAUUAAUAACAUUUUUGCCAAUUUUGAUGUUAAACGUUAAUUAAAUUGCUAAAACUCGUUUCUUACUGGUGCUUCAUUUUAUGCAGAUGGUUCGUUCUCAAGUUGAAAAUAUUCUCAAGUCGUUAAUUUGUUGUAGUUAAGUAGAAAUUAAAUGUUUAGUUCAGUUUUUAGAUAUUGUAUAAUUAGAAUUAUUUGAAUUUAGGUAGUUUGUAUGUUUGGGCAAAACAUUGUAUAAUAAUAAUAAAGAGCAUUUAUAAUGCGCCAAAUCCAUCUUGAUUAGAUGCUCAAGGCGCAGAGAAACAAACAAAUAAACAUGAACAGCAAAAACAGCAGGGAACAAAAGUACGCACAAAUGCAAAUACAUGAAUAUGAAACAGUACACAAGAGAGUGAAAUCAAACUGGAUGAUUAAUUAAAUGCUGCUUGGAAUAGGUGGGUCUUCAGAGCACAUUUAAACUCAUGUAUGUGUGUUUUUAAUCUGAAAUUUAAAUAAAAUGAAAACUUCGUAAAUAAAAUUUUGCUUGUUGCUAGUUA